GCGAUUCGCAGGAGAAAAAUUAAAAAUCUAACCUCUCGCGUACUACAAAACGUUUCGUCCGUAUUUACGUCGGAAAGUUUUCGCGAUUUUCCCGAUAAAGUGAACGAUUUUCCCGACUAUUGUGUAUCCUCCGGAGGCGGCGACUCAUGCGGAACCAAUCAGUGCUGGAAUCCGUGACCGCCGUGGGAGAUUGGUGUCGAAUUUUGUGCCGCUAAUUGUAGGUGCUGCCCGUGCCAAAGGCAAUCGAUGCGGAAAAAAUGUCCACCUAGUCCGUAGGAAAACGACACGGGAGGAGAGAAAAUUUUGUCAGCAUCACAGUGUUCGGGAUUACGGUACAACUGAUAACGGGGCGCGCGCGAGUAUAAAAAACCGGAAUAUUUCGAGGGUUUUGCGCUGAAGGCUGAUAACAAUACAGUGGUUGGAAACGGGAAAGAGUAAAAAAAAGUGCUUGAAGAAGGUGGGCGCGGCGGCGGAGCUGAAUGAGGAGAAAACCCCGCACCCGCUUCGUGUAUUUUGAUUACGAGUGAAGGCAGGAGGAAGAAGGGAGAGUGACGACUGGAAGCAAACCAAAAGGGACCGCUUUUCUGUGUGCCGCCGUAAUUAAGCAAAUGUGCAACAUGAUAGAAACGACCGAUAAGAGCAAUGACAAUAUCGUCGAAGAGGAGGAUGAUUCCAAGCUGCCGAUCAGUUUCACCUACGCCCGCCAUUUGGCCAAAAUCGAAGGGAUGAAUUGUACGACGCAAAGCUGGCGCGUCAAGGAACGCAUGAAGACGGUCAGUGUGGCACUGGUCCUAUGUCUCAACGUUGGAGUCGAUCCGCCGGAUGUGGUCAAGAUACAGCCCUGCUCGAGGCUAGAAUGCUGGAUCGAUCCCUCGUCGGUGUCGCCACAAAAGGCCUUGGAGCUGAUAGGGAAUAACCUGCAAAAACAAUACGAACGAUGGCAACCGCGUGCACGCUACAAACAAUCUCUAGACCCAACAGUGGAGGAUGUAAAAAAGCUGUGCACCUCUCUGCGGAGAAACUCAAAAGAGGAACGUGUUCUGUUCCACUACAAUGGCCAUGGAGUUCCACGGCCCACGGUUAAUGGGGAAAUUUGGGUCUUCAAUCGAACCUAUACCCAGUACAUCCCGCUGUCGAUCUACGAUCUGCAGGCAUGGAUGGGAGCACCCUCGAUAUACGUGUACGACUGCUCCAACGCCGGGAUAAUUGUAAAUAGUUUUAACACCUUUGCGGAUCAGCAUGAGCGGGAGCUGGAGCAGAUGCGAGCCCGCAGCGGAAGCACCGCCGGUCAGUCCGACGCCGAUGCCAGUAGGAAUUCUCCGUCGCCCCCGAUCGUAGGUCCGACCACUUACAAAAAUUGUAUUCAAUUAGCGGCCUGUGCUGCCAAUCAAAUUUUACCAAUGAAUCCCCAGCUACCGGCGGAUCUCUUCACGUCGUGCCUAACGACGCCGAUCCGGAUAGCGUUAAAAUGGUUCACACUGCAAUCUACGUCAAAACUGGUUCCACACGUACCGGAAGACCUGAUCGAUAGAAUACCUGGUCAAUUGAACGACCGGAGGACGAUGCUGGGAGAGCUAAACUGGAUCUUCACGGCCAUCACCGACACGAUAGCCUGGAACACGUUACCCCGGGAGCUGUUCCAGAGAUUGUUCCGCCAAGAUUUGCUCGUCGCCAGCCUGUUUCGGAACUUUUUGCUCGCAGAAAGAAUCCUGCGAUCGUACGACUGCUCGCCCGUAUCUAGUCCCCCGUUGCCUCAAAGCUACCGGCAUCCCAUGUGGUCAGCGUGGGACUUGGCCCUUGACUUGGCACUGUCCCAGCUGCCGGAUAUCCUAGAAAAGGGAAAACGCUUCAAACAUUCUCCGUUCUUCGAAGAGCAACUGACCGCUUUCCAAGUUUGGCUGGAGGGGAGCUCCGAGCAAAGGAAUCAACCGGAGCAACUUCCCAUCGUGCUGCAGGUUCUCCUCUCACAAGUUCAUCGAUUGCGUGCCUUGGAGCUGUUGGGUCACUUUCUGGAUCUGGGUCCGGAGGAGGUCAAUCUGGCGCUCAGCGUUGGUAUCUUUCCGUACGUGCUGAAGUUGCUGCAAAGUCUGGCGAAGGAACUGCGACCGUUUCUGGUGUUCAUCUGGGCGAAGAUUCUGGCCGUGGAUGGGACCUGUCAGAUCGAUUUGAUCCGGGACCAGGGACAUAAGUAUUUCCUGGCCGCACUGCAGGACACUAGUCCUUGUCCUGGUUUCAAAGGUAAUCACCGCGUGUAUGCCGCCUUCGUGCUAGCAAGUAUAGUUCAUAACUUCCCUAUCGGUCAGGCGAAUGCGCUUCAGGGACAGCUUGUGUCGAUAUGCCUGGAUCAGUUGAACGAUGAAAACUUCGUACUGCGUCAGUGGUUGGCCAUCUGUUUGGGCCAUCUGUGGCAAAACUACGAACAAGCGCGGUGGUCCGGUGUGCGCGAUAAUGCCAAUGAAAAGCUGUAUCCACUUCUGAGCGACCCGAUACCGGAGGUUAGGGCAGCGGCAGUUUACGCUUUGGGAACGUUUAUAAGCUCGGUUCAGCAAAGGUCGGAUCACGCAAACAACAUCGAUCGAUCAACGGCGAUGCAUCUGUUCAAUACGGUUUGCAACGAUAUGAGCCCACUGGUAAGGAUGGAGUUGAUUGCUUCCCUGCAGUGGAUGGUGCGAUUCUUCGAGAACCAAUUUGUUGCGGUGUUCCUGCAAGAAUCAUCCAGCGGCCAUCAUCUGUUGAAUCACCAUUACCACAGUUUAGAGCGGAACAUAAAUAUGAAACGAGUUUCCAGUUCGAGUAAUAUAAUCAGUGGUGGCAAAAAUGCCGUUGGAUCAAUCUACCAGAAACUGUGGAAUGGGCUGAAUGCCCUGGCGAAAGAUCCCUUCCCUGCAGUGGCCGCAAUGGCCCUCAAAGUCGUUGACUACGUUGGGAAGCAGGGCUAUGAACUAGCCAAGGAAGCAACCACUUCGGAGAAGUUCGUAGGUAGCUUGAGCUUGCCACCCUCGCCGAACACCAGAGUUAACUAUUUGGGUGGAGAAUCUCCGCCGCUGCACGGGCACCUUAACCAAUCGAACCACCAUACGCCACUUCCGAACAAGAAAAAACUUCAUCUCAACGAUAGUUCGGACCUAUCUUCCUCUACGCUUCAACUGCAAUCGGUAGUCACAUCUACGCCGAUCCACACUCCUCAACAACCGCAGCAACAAACCAGUGACCCGAUGCCACCCCCGCAGGCACCCGCUCCCCAGGUGCAGACGCAACCUCAGCCAUCACAGUCGCAGCAACCGCAAACGGUGACCCCCAUCGUGACCACCAACUACAUCGAAUGGUCGGUUAGCUUUUUCGCCCGGCCAUCCAAGUUCCUGAACGAAGGCAAGCUCACGGCCAAGGACCAGAACUCGACGGAGUUCCUCGACAGGCAGAGCCGGUGUCUGAGGAAUCGCAUCGUGCGGGAAGAAGGCCGCGAGCAGCAGAGGCGAGCCGUAUUCGGGCGGUUGGACACCCAGAGCUGGUCCUGUCGGACGCAGCACACUCCCACGCUGGUCAAGCUUAAUCCGUACGAUGAUCAGAUUGCUGUGGCUUACAAGGAUCGCGUCAUCCUCCAGGACUGGAGCACCGACAUAACCAGCUCGUUCAUUCCCUUCAAACAGCAGCCCUCGCAACAGCAUCAGUCAAUCUUCCUGGACCAAAACAGGUUCCAGAUGAGCCCUCCGCCGGUGUCCGUUUCGUCGUUGGAUUUCAUCAAUGCACACGACGUCGGUUUGGUGCUAGUCGGGUACAGUGAUAGUGUGAUUCGGGUUUGGCGGCCCGCGGACGCCAAUCGGGAAUCGGCCCUGGUCACGGCGUGGCAUGGGUUGUUCGAUUUCAAUUCACCGGCCACGGCCAAGGUGGGUACCAGUGAGCUCGGGCUGGUGAUGGCCUGGCAUCAGAAAACGCAGACCAUCAUGGCGGCCGGCGAGGCCAAGUACAUCCGGCUGUGGGAUGCGGAGCAGGAGUCCAAAAUCUGUGAUAUUCCUAGUGGGUCGGACACGACAAUCAUUAAGCUGUCGUGUGCUCCAAAUGGUAUGUUUGCGGCCGGCUGCAACGAUGGAAGCGUUCGGUUGUUCGAUCGGAGGAAUCCGCCGUCAGAGGCCCGGGUCGCCACAUUCCGGGAACAUAUGAAUCCAAUUCUGACUGUUUGCCUGAGGGACGAUUGUGAGAGUCUGGUUUCGGCAUGUACUACUUCCACGGUAAGGCUGUACGAUAUCCGGAAGACGGCCUCGUCAGUGCAGCACUGGAGCGCCGGUUCGGAUGUUUCCGCAAUGAGCAUACACUCCAGUGCCGACAUUGUGGCCUGUGCCACGAGCAUCAUUACGAUCUACGGAUUGGAUGGAACCAGCUUGAAUACGAUCCGGUGCAAUGAAGGAUUCAUGGGAACCAAGAAGGGAGUGACGUCGUGUCUUUCUUUCCACAAGCAUAAGAUAAGCUUAGCAGCAGGAUUUAACGAUAACACAGCGGCUGUGUUUGUUACCGACAGAAAGUGAGCAAUGGACGGCUUUUGUGCAUGGAUGUUUGCUUG